GUCAGUGGUGAACUUGCGACGAUACUUUUCGUCGGAAUACCGAUUCAUUUUUUUUUAUAUUAAUCAUUUGUGUUUGCAACAUGUGAGAGUAUGUUAUUUUAUUAAAUAUUUUAAUUAAUAUUCUAAUCGUUAUAGUGGGAACACUAUUUUAUAGAGAUAUCCGCGAAAAAAUAUAUGAUUUUUUUGAAUGGAUAGCCUUGUAGAUAUUACAAAUGAUAAAAAUUCAUUAAAUACCGAAACUAUAUGCUCAUUCAUGAGAAACUUGCUUAUUGUCUCUAAUAUUAAUGAUGUCAGUGGUGUACUGAUAAUAGCUUGUAUCAUCUGUAAAGGAUUGGCGCCUCGGAAAUUGAUGGAGUCUAUCGGUACGUGUGGAAUAUUAGUUCGAUUCUCGUAAUAUAAUAGCAGUCAAAGGAUAACUGGACGUGGAAAAAAAAGAUAAAGAAGACUGAAAAGAAAAAAAGAAAUAAAAUGGCAAACACGGCACAUCUAGUUCGUCGUCAAAGUUCUCGGGAUUUAAAGCCACAAAAGAGCGUCGAUAAAUUGGAAAUGAAAGAGAUGAGAGGUAGAUUAGUUGUGGAUAAUCGUAAAAAUAUUACCAGUGUCAAUUACGGAGCUACGAACGCAGCCUUUGAUGACUCCAGUCCAAAUAAAAAGAGUAAACCGGUGAACGAAGGUGGGGGUAGUAAAUUAGGCAGUAACGAGGGUAAAGGAAUUUUUCGACCAGAAGCUGGCGAAGAUGAACGUGAAAAUUGGGAUAGCAAGCUCACGUUUCUUUUGGCUACUGUCGGUUAUGCCGUUGGUCUCGGAAAUGUGUGGAGAUUUCCUUAUUUGGCACAAAAAAAUGGUGGUGGAGCAUUCCUGAUACCCUACUUCGUUAUGCUGGCCAUUGAGGGUAUUCCUAUAUUUUACCUUGAAUUGGCUAUUGGCCAAAGAUUAAGAAAAGGAGCAAUCGGUGUUUGGAAUCAGGUUUCACCAUACAUGGCUGGUAUCGGAGUUAGUAGUGCUGUCGUUUCUUUUAACGUAGCCCUUUAUUACAAUACUAUUAUCGCUUGGUGCCUCUUUUAUUUUGUCCAGAGUUUUCAAUCUCAACUUCCUUGGGCCGAAUGUCCGAAUAAAUAUUUUCAAAAUGGAUCUUAUGCACCGGAACCAGAGUGCUUGCAAAGUAGCCCAACUCAAUAUUUUUGGUACCGGACGACUCUGAUGAUAUCUAAAGAUAUUAAUACACCGGAAGCAUUUAAUUGGAAGAUUGCAUUGGCUUUAAUUAUAGCUUGGAUUUUGGUUUACAUGUGUAUGAUCAAGGGAAUUGCAUCUUCAGGCAAGGUCGUUUAUGUUACCGCUACGUUUCCAUAUAUCGUAUUAAUUAUCUUCUUCUUUCGAGGAGUCACUUUACCGGGAAUGUCAGAUGGAUUACGGCAUCUCUUUACACCAAAGUGGUGGACACUUACAGACCCAGUAGUAUGGUUGGAAGCUGGUACUCAAAUAUUUUUUUCUCUUGGUUUGGCAUUUGGAGGUUUAAUAGCCUUUUCCUCCUAUAAUCCAGUUAAUAAUAAUUGUUAUCGCGAUGCGAUAAUGGUCAGCUUUACAAAUUGCUUUACCUCUAUGUUUGCUGGGAUUGUUGUUUUCUCCAUUAUAGGAUUUAAGGCCACUAUGGUUUACGAAGAAUGUUUGAAGGAACGAAAUAUGAUGUUAGUUAAUAUUUUUGGUGCCGAGGACAAAAUACCCGAUGUUAUUCCUGAUGCAAAUACGUUUCUUAAUAUCACGACUGGCAAUGGUUCUUUUGAAUAUUUAAUAAUGCCAAAAUUACCGGUAUGCGAUUUAGAAAAAGAAUUAGAUAAUUCCGCAUCAGGUACUGGUUUGGCAUUCAUCAUUUUCACUGAGGCGAUUAAUCAAUUUCCUGGUGCUCAAUUUUGGUCCAUCUUAUUUUUUUUGAUGUUGUUUACCUUGGGUAUCGAUUCCCAGUUUGGUACUCUCGAAGGCGUUGUCACAAGUAUCGUUGACAUGAAGCUUUUUCCCAAUUUACCAAAGGAAAUUUUAACAGGUGGAAUUUGCUUGGUAUGUUGUACCAUUUCAAUGGCUUUCGCUCAUGGUGCUGGCAGCUACGUUUUUGUGCUUUUUGACAAUUUCAGUGGAAAUUUUCCAUUAUUGAUCAUCGCGUUUUUCGAAUGCAUUGGAGUAUCCUAUGUAUACGGAUUGAAGAGGUUUGCCGAUGAUAUAGAAUUAAUGACGGGUAAUCGUCCAGGACUUUAUUGGUUGAUUUGUUGGAAAUAUCUUAGUCCUUUGGCGAUGUUAAGUAUUUUGAUUGCUUCAUUCAUUGAAAUUGUUGUGGAAGGAAGCGGAUAUCCUGCAUGGGUUUCAAGCUUAGGUACAACGGAGAGACACGAAUGGCCAGUAUGGGCUCUCAUCCUUAUUGGUAUUCUUAUUCUUGCAUCUGUUCUUUGGAUACCUGUAGUUGGAAUUUGCAGAUAUUUUGGUAUUCUCAUCAUUGAUGACAAUGAAAAAGCCUGGUUCCCUGCAGCAGAUUUAAAAGAAUUUCACGGAAUCGUACCCCAUGAAGUUACUGCCGCUGAAACACUAUUGUUCUGUAUAAGAAGUGAUGGUACAGAAGGAUUAUGUUGUCCGACAGGUGGUCCCAGCGAUGAUGACGAGGAUCUCACUUAGGAAAGGUUUUAUUUAUUUAUUCCAUAUUAAAUAUGUGUUUGAUUGCUUUUUAAUUCGAAAAACAGUUGCUUCUGCUAACAAAAAUAAUUGACGUCAUUAAUAUUUUAGUUUAACCGAUUUCAUAACGACUUCAAAGUCUUUAUUAAUUAUUAUCAUUACUAACUGUGUUUAAUAGUAAAAUUUAUCGAGUCAAUUAAUCUGAAAAUAAUAGGAGCUAUCGCAUUCCAUAAGUAAUAAUAUUUAUGCGAUAUAUGAAAACGAAUGUUUUUAUGAUGAAAUUUUAUUGUUAUUGUUUCUCAUAAUUUUAACCAACAUUUUAAAAAUCCUCAAGUGUGUCAAUAUUAGUCAACAGAGAAAAAAAAGGAAACCCGUUCAAAGUUUUGGAAGUUUACAAAAAUUAGAUAUUAGGUAAGGAAAUAUACAGUACUAAUAUUAUUAGUAGCUAAAAAUGGAUACGAAUCGUCAUUUUGCUAUAUCCGUUAAGCAUAUACUUACGGAUAAAUGAAAGGAAAUUUGAAUUUCAUGAGAGAAUAAUAUCGCGACUUUAUUUUUCGUACGUCGAAUGUAUUGCUAUUAUGCUUAGCAUUGUCUUCGACGUGUAAAUUUCUAUUUACAUAUUAUGAAAGGAACGUAUUAUAUCGAAAUGCGAUGCAAUUUGCAAGUUUUAAAAAUAUCUUACUAUCUCUUUCUCGUGCGGUAUUAUUAUUGCUUAUAUCAGAUGAGGUUUGUCAUUGAUAUACGAUUUUAUAUUCUAAAUUAUUGAUAAAAACUUAUUAUUGUGUGAUAUUUUUGUGUAUUCUAUCUAUAAAAUUGAAUGCUUUUAAAUACUACUGUUGCUUUAUAUUAAAGUAAACGUAUUAAAAUUAAAAAGCAUCGUAUUCCGAAAACGGAUGUUUGAGAUUGAUCGUAUAUUCAGAUGCUAGUGGAAAGAACAUAAACAUAUUAGUAUGUAAUAAUGGUAUGUCGUUUUCAGAGAACCUGUUAUAUAUUUAGAUAUAUUCACAAAAGUUAUUCCAGAAAUUUGUGGUAUAUCGACAAUAAAUAUCAGCAAUUGCAAUUAAUGUGAGAUUUAAGAUUAGAGUAGGGGCCGUCCAUUUAAUAAGUUAGAAUAGGACGUCUCCCAAAUUUUCAUUCUUCAUUUUAAUGUUUUCCUAAAACUUUAAAAAACGCUACUUAUAAUUUUAGCCGAUUCUUUAUUCUGUCUGUCCCGACUAUGUCUACUAAAUUUUUAUAUAAGGUUCUAACGAUAACAUUUAACGUUAUAUUAAGACAAUACUAAUCUUAUUAGAUGUAUAAAAGAAGUUUUAUGAUAGAAUAUUACGUUCUUUUAUUAUAGUAAAUAUUUACUAUAGUAAAUAUUUGUUUUAUUUGAAGAAGAGGAAAUCAAAAGGUACAAAUUACUGUCGUUUACUUUUCAAACGAUGGUUAGAAAUAUCUACGUUCUUUAAUGAUCGAGAUAUGCGUUUAAUCUUUUUAAUUUACAAUGUGACUCAAACGAUAAGACAAAGUUUCAUUAAUAAUAUGUCCGGAUGGCAGAAAGAAUUAAUCGGCAAGAUUGGUAGCUUUAUCACAUUGAAAGUAUAUCAAUAGUGAUAGAAAUGAAAACGGAAACAACUGGCAUAUCAUGAUGGUACAUUUAAAACGUGUCCUAUGUACCUAAAAUCAAAUUUAUUUAUGAUUUUAACGUAAUUCGUCGUCGUAAUUCUAAGGCUUAAAGACAAUACAAAAUGAUAUAAUGCCUCGAUGAGGGAUUUAUGAUGACAAUAACAAAAUUUAAUCGUAUUAAUUGAUGGAGGUGUGUCGACAAUAUAUUAACGUAAAGUGACAUUUACGUCACAAUAAUUUUGAUGGUAGUUUCGUUAGGUAUGUUGCGAUAUUAUUUUUAAUACAAUAUUAGAAAUGUUGAAAUAUGAAGACUGUUCCAAUUGAGAUUAUAUUUAGAAAAAACUAAAAGAAACAAAUAUAGGAAUUGUUUUUUUUCUUCAUAAAAAUAACUUAUUGAGAUGAUUUACUUCAGAGUGUUUUUAAUUAUUACAAAUAGAAGAGAAAGAUACAGAAGAAACCGAGUAAAAUAAUUAGUUAACGAAUAUACGUACAAUAUUUUCCAGACAAUAGAAGAAAACGAGUAGAGUUUAUAAUCACUCGACAUAGGCUCAUAAUUAAUAGUCAAUUUAGGUUAAUUAUAGUUAUUUUGUUUUUCGUAGAAUGUUUUUUUACAUAGCUCAUGUUUAUUUUAUUAACACUAAGGUGCUAAAUUAUAAUAUAAGGACCGUUAAAUAAAAAUCGAGAUUGAUAAUUCUACGUAUACACAUAAAUAUUAACGUUUACUUGUUAAGAAAUCUAUAAGAAGCUGUCGAUUGCUUUGACAAUAAUUCCGUUGCCUUGAAUGGUAUAGUGAUUUACAAAUACUUAUGCUGGGUUUAUUCUUGUUAAUAUAAUGUAUAUAAUUAUUGAUAUUGGCUAUAAGAAUUUUCUCGACAAUAAGGUAUCUGUAUACUGACACACGAAUGCGUUUAACAAAAAAAGAAUUAAUUCCCUGAGAUUCGAAUCAUGAUAUAUCUACGUAUUUAUAUCGGAUUAUUUCGUAAUAAUUCGUUAGAAAUUUUAUUCGAUAAAUUCACUAGAUUCGAGGAAACAAUAGCAAUGAUAUAUUUAUAUUAAACGUACAAAUAUUACAGACAAUAAUAUUUUAGAUCUCAUAUCGGUUGAAUUUCUCAUAUCAGUAACAAUAGGAAAUAAAAGUUAUAGAGAAAUCGGCAUUAAUAAAUAAAAAUGAAUACGUAUCAUGAAACCAUAUCAUGUUUUACGAAUGAAAAAGAUAAACAAAAAUUUAAUUAAAUUUAAGUAAAUUUAAUUA